GAAUGACAUCCACGUGACGGGUCAUGUGCACGCUCGCACGACCACCUUUCAUCUGCGCUUCAUUCACAAAAUUUCUGCAACGAUGUGUUAAACUGCCUCAUCGCUUGAGUCUUCGUGUACAAUGCACACAGAUGGUGCACACUCCAUCUCUGGCGAUGACGCCGCCAUAAUGACUCUGCGUGAGGCGGUAAAAGAAAUCACCAUUGGGAGCUUCGCAGGCGUCGUCUCGGAGAUUGUCGAAUACCCAGCCGACCUUGCGAAAGUCCGCCUGCAAGCCCAACUCUUGACUCCGCCUUCAGAGACCAGGCAAUUGUUCAAGGGCCCAGUGGACACCUUGGUAAAGACGUGGAGGAAUGAAGGCGUGCGAGGUCUAUAUCGGGUGUGUAGUCUGGCGAUUCACACAUAUUUGACCGCGCUGACCACAACAUAUAUCUCCAGGGUUUGUCGGUGCGUUUCGUUCUUCGGAACACAUCUUGCUACCCCUUUUCUCUGGCUGAUUAGAUCUCAGGUCCCUAUUGCAGGCUCUAUGGCAGAGACGGCAGGCCUGUUCUGGUCAUACUCUUACUUUCAGAACUUGAUUCGCGCGCAAAAUUCGAUAGCAUCAUCGACGCCACUCACGAUACCUCAAGUAGCACUGGCCGGUGCUAGCGCUGGAUUUGUGGCGAGCUUCAUCGUGACUCCAAUAGAACUAGUCAAGUGCAAAAUGCAAGUGCAGCUCAUGAACACGACAACUAGCGCCCGUGUCCCGCCCAUCCACAGUGUACCCAAAUCCGUUGCUUCGCUUGUUCGGACACGACCCUCUGAAUCGCCUCUGUUCGACCUCAUUGUCAAGGAGAAGAGGCCACCGGGGCUUGUUUCCAUCGUCCGCUCCACCGUGGCCACCCACGGGCUAAAGGGUCUCUGGCUCGGGCACACGGGAACUAUCCUCCGAGAAACAGGCGGCACAGCCAGUUGGUUUGCAGUGAAGGAAUGGGUAGCCGAACGGCUGCUCGCACGACGGCUCGGCCCGGGUGUAAAGGCGGACCUGCUAUCAUGGGAAUCUGCUGUAUCCGGUGCGAUAUCUGGCGCGGCCUGCGUUCUCGCCCUGUAUCCCGCGGAUACAGUCAAGUCGGCUAUGCAGACUGAGGAGGAGCUGCUCUCCCAUCGGCGUUCUGCGGGUUACAAGCCCCGACCCCCGUCAUUCUACCGGACGUUUACGGAGAUGUAUACGAGGCAUGGUGUGAAGGGACUGUAUGCUGGGGGUGGGAUGACGAUGAUGCGUGCGGUGCCCAGCAGCGGCAUUGUGUUCGUCGUUUACGACGGACUUUCCGCUUGGAUUGGGUAGGGUCUUAUAUAAAUCUAGAUAAUGAACUUCCUUCUGUAGCUUUAGAUAUACUUAGUGUGAUAUACGUGUUGACUAAUAAUAGACAUCUCUGCUCACUUUCGAGAUUCCGGAACAAAGCUGGAAACAACUGAGUUGUGCUCGUGA